GGUAUUUAGUGCCUUUUCUUUUUUAAUUUAUACCAAACUUCAUUUAUUUCCCCUCCUCCUCUGCAUUUUAUAUGGGUCUGCUUCGUCGUCUGCCGAUAUAUAAAGAUCUGUAAAACCUCUUUUUUUUUUCUUUUGGUUAUUUUUCUCUAGUGCAAUUCUUUUUCUUUAAUUUGCCGCCACCGACACUUCCGCGCCCAUGUUUCAACGAAUCAUCAAGAUUGGUUUCUCAUCGUUUUUCUUCUUCUGAUUCUUUCCCCGCCCCGCCCCCCUAUCUAACAUCCAUUAUUCUUACCUUGCUCAUCAACUUGUACUUCCUCUUCUUCUUCUUCUUCUAAAGGUGGAAACUUUGAGGGGAAACUGUGUCUGGAUGGGUCAACUCUAAUUCGUUCUUUCUUUUCGGGUUUUAAUUUGGGUCUGUCGAUCGAGUAUAUAUAGUACAGUAUAUAGACGACAUACAGCUGGAGGGAGGCCAAGAUAGAUAGGAUGAUGCGGAUGAAGACAAGGCCCGCCGCCGGGGAGGCCAAGAUAGAUAGGAUGAUGCGGAUGAAGACAAGGCCCGCCGCCGUUCCUCAGCCGGAGAUGUCAUCCGGAGGCUCUCGCGUUGCCGGCGGCAGCGGCAACAGUGAUUGGGAGAUGAGGCCCUGCGGGAUGCUUGUCCAGAAACGGAACACUGAUUCAGAUGACCGCCCCGCUCCUCCCACUAUCCGGGUCCGGGUCAAAUACGGGUCGGUCUACCACGAAAUCAACAUCAGCUCCCAAGCCACCUUCGGGGAGUUGAAGAAGAUGUUAACAGGGGCGACAGGGUUGCACCACCAAGAUCAACAGCUGCUGUUCAAGGACAAGAAGAUGGACUCCAAAGCAUUUCUUGACAUUUCUGGGGUUAAAAACAAGUCCAAGAUCUUGCUCGUUGAGGACCCAAUCAGCCAAGAAAAGAGAUAUAUUGAGAUGAGGAAGAACGCUAAGAUGGAGAAGGCUGCAAAGACUGUAUCAGAGAUCAGCCUGGAGGUCGAUAGGCUCGGUGGCCAGGUUUCUGGGCUUGAAUCUGUAAUUUCAAGGGGAGGGAGGGUCGAGGAGAAGGCGAUAAUAACGCUGAUCGAGUUGCUGAUGAAUCAGCUCCUCAAAUUGGAUGGCGUUCUUGCUGAAGGUGAUGUCAAAUUGCAGAGGAAAAUGCAGGUAAGAAGAGUUCAGAAGUAUGUGGAGACACUUGAUAAGUUGAAAAUCAAAAACUCAAUGCGGGCGAGCAGUAGUGCCAGUAGUAGUAGUAGUAGUAAUAGUAAUGGGGAGGAGGAUGGGAGUUCAACCCCAUUGCAGGCGGCAGCAGCCAGCAGUAGCGGGAAUCAUAAACAGCCUAUCGUGAUAACGACAAAAUGGGAGACGUUUGAUCAUGCCCCAUCACGUCAAGAAACGCCGGCUCAUCGUGCUGGACCCGCAUACAGCUUGAUUUGAUUAUUGUGUAUUUCAUCAGCCCUCUUCUUCUUCUUCUUCUUCUUCUUCUUCAUUCUUUGUUGAUGUGUUGUUGGUUUGGUAACUGCAGAUGCUGCUCCUACAAAAAAGACUAUAUAUAUAUAGUCUCCAUUCUUUUGUGUAUGUAGAGGUUUUGUUAGGAUUAUCAUUCCUCAAACCCCUCCCUCCCUCUGUUUGAAUGUGCCUAUAUAUUUUCAUGUGAAAUAAUUACCCCCUUGUGAUGUACUAGUAUGUGUUUGCAUUAUGGAUGUAUUUUUUGGACUUUCCAAUUAUGGGGAUAAGCUAUAUUUGAUUGUGAUUGUUUCCUUUCUUUGUAUAGUAGCUCUCUUUAGGCUUGUCUAUAUUUGAGAGAUCUAUCUCUAAUUAAUAAUAAAUACAGAGUAUGUGG